GUAAAUACAUAUAUAUAUUUAAGUAUUUAUAUUAUAUAUAUCGUUGUCUGAGCACCCAUAAGACAAGCCUUCUUGAGCUUGCUGUGGGACUUAGUCAAUUUGUGUAAUAAUGUCCUAUAAUAAAAAAAAUAUAGACAUAAUUGUAUGUAAUUUGUUAAGGUUUACCCGUGCGUAGCCGGGGCGAAUCGCUAGUAUAAUUAUAAAUUAAUAAUUAUCACUUUAUGAUAUCAUUUUGUUGUUUCAGAAUAAAAAUCGAAAAAUCCACACCGGGAGAAAUAAUGAGAUGAGGCGUUGGGCGAGGCGGCGUGGCUGAGCGCGAUGGAAGGCAGCUAUCUCGUUCUCGCCGCGCUGCUCAUCGCGGCGCGCGCGCAGAAUACCAGAAAUGACGGUCCGCGGUUUCUGUCACGCGGGCACUCCUUCCGGACGGUGGUGGGAGACACGUUACUGCUACCCUGCCAAGUGCAAAACCUAGGUUCCUUGGUGCUCCUCUGGCGGCGAGGGCCAGCUGUCCUCACAGCAGCGAGCCUCAUGGUCACCCGAGACGAGCGGUUCAGGCUCGUCGAUGGCUAUAAUCUGCAGAUCACUGAUGUGGGACCCCAGGACGCAGGCGACUACGUGUGCCAGAUCUCGGACCGCGUGGCGCGCGACCAAGUGCACACGGUGGAGGUCCUGGUGCCGCCAAGCGUGCGGCCGGCGCCCGAGUCGCGUCACGCUGCGGCGCGGCGCGGGGGCGCGGCCGUGCUGGAGUGCCGCGCGGCCGGGAAUCCCGUGCCUAGCGUCACAUGGCAUAAGCUGCCCCACACCGCGCAGAACGCGACAGCGCGACUCGGGGAGGGCCCACAACUUCAGCUGGCGCGCCUGGAGCGCCGGCACUCGGGACGAUACGCCUGCACUGUUGACAACGGAGUCGGCCCGCCGAUCGUCACGGAGUUCCAGCUACAAGUCCUAUAUCCUCCAGAGAUCACAGUGGAGCGAUCCUGGGUGCACACAGGAGAAGGGUUCCGAGCGGAGCUGCUAUGCACCGUGCUAGCCGACCCUCCGGCAGAGGUAUCCUGGUACCAGAACUCUUUUCCGCUGAGCGCGUCGGAGCGAGUGACGAUGGCGGUCCGCGGGAACAACCACACGCUGCUCAUCGCCAACGUGCAACCAGAGGACUUCGGCAACUACAGUUGCGUGGCCGACAACAGCCUGGGCCGCGCGCGGCAGCACGUGGAGGUGUCGGGGCGGCCGGGGCCCGCGCGCUUCACGUCCCCGCCGCUGGCGCGCGCGCCGCGCGUCUACACGCUCUCCUUUAGCGUGGACAGCUACCCGCCGCUGGACGAGCUGCGGCUGCUGUACCGGCAGCUGGCGAUAAACGAGUCGUUCCAGCAGCCGGGCCGCUGGCACGACGUGGUGCUGGCCGCGCCGGCGCCGGCCGGCUCGCUGACGCACCGCGUGUCGCACGAGCUCAAGGCGCUGCAGCCCGCUGCCGUCUACGAGGCCAUCGUGCAGGCCAAGAACAGAUACGGGUGGAACGAGGUUAGCGAUAUAUUCCAAUUCCACACACUGGGAGGCCCUCACACGGCGCACGCAGACGAACUGACGCCCAUGUACUCGUCAGCUCCCAUCCGCAUCUUCAGCAAACACAUGGCAUGGUUCCUAACCUUCUUCUACACGCUGCGCGCUUGAUCUGUCUUGCGAUUAGCUAACGUCAGCCAACCAACGUCGAGCGUUGACCGUUCGAUUUUUGAAUUUUGUAACCGUUAUUCGGGGUUAGUGAUAGUUUUUUUUGGUUUUUAAGGCAAUUGUCUAGGCAAGUGAAGUUUACGUAUAAAACUAACAAAACUAUUAUUUGUAAUAUAAAUAAAAUGCCUUAAGCAAUUUGUCAAGGACAAAAUUCUUAAAAUAAUGUGUGUCCUUUUUUUAUUCCCAUUACGGGACAUCAAUAUAAUAAAAAAGAUUUUAUGGUAAAACUGCGAGCAACACCGGCUUCCGACGCGUCGGAAGGGAGGAGCCCAAGCGAUAUCUUAGGGCUCCUCUACACGAUGG